AGCAAAACGGACGACUAUUUUUGUGUACUAUUAGGCCUACAAACAAACAUCGUCCUACACAUGCAAAAGAUUGAAUGAUGGCAUCAGUCGCUCGGAAUCCAGGUUACAAGAGGAUAUCUCGACAUUUUCUGAAGAACUGUGGAUUCAAGCUUCUUUCAGUUGAUGAAACAGCAGUGGAAGCGGUGGUCAGUCAUCCAGGGCCUACAGUAUCGGAUUACGAUGUUUAUGGGCAGCCAAAAAUUUGGAACAUGAUGAACUUAGUGGUGUCUGGCAGGAUGUUUGUUCACCAUCAGCCAUUAGAUGAAAGUGGCAGAACAUUCAGGGACUUUGAAAAACUGACCAGUGACUGUUUAACAUUCCUUGUGACUUCAGAAGUGUGUUUCACAAAAGCCCUGUAUGAUCCGGACGUGCCUAAAAGUACACUAUUGACAACUGUCAAAGGAGGUUACAUUGGAAACACGUCCUUUAAUUCACACUCAUUCCUGAAAACAGAAACCAAUGAACUCCUCAUCAGCAACAUCAACCAGGUUGUCAGUAUUGAUUUUGAAACCAGGCGACCUAAGCCCUUACCCUCAUGGUGGAAAAUGAAGUAUGCAGAGACAGCUAAAAACUUUCAGUCUUACAAACUAGAGAAGUUUCCAAGGGCAGAAAAAACAAGCAUAUACGAAGCCAAAGUGGCAUGGAGUGACACUGAUAUGAAUAACCAUACUACCUGGAGUGCUUAUGUCCGAUAUGCCAAAGAUGCUGCCCACCAUGCAGCCAGAACUGGUUCCCUGCCAAGCUUUGAAGAGAAUCUAGGGAAGGGAAUCAGUAAGAUUCAAUCUCAUUAUUUAGGCGAGAGUUUAGAGGGAGAUGAGCUCACUGUACAUGUAUGGGAAGAUUUGGGAGAAUGUUAUCAGUUAAAAUGCCACAUUGACAAAGAUGAGAAAUGCUUAUUUCAAAGUGUUAUAUCAUUUUUUAGUAGCUGAGAAAAAUAACUGGGUAUUUUCUUCACCAUCAUAACUAUGUAUAUUGUAUACUAUUUAGUGCAAUGCACAUUACCUUUUUAGUGAUCAAAUUUAUACAUGAAUAUGCAUGUAUUAUGUAAAUUUGCAAUAUAUUCUGAUUUUGAAUUUAAGAUAUUAAAAUUUUAUUUAUAUUCUGUGUAAUGUCCCCAUCAAUUUAAAGAGAUACAUGUAACAUUCUGUUGCUGAAGUUAUUUCCCUUUGUCCGUAAUUCCAUGCAUUUUACAGAACAACAAGUGUAUAUGAGGACUGAAGUUGAAUCAAAGUCAGUCUUCUCAAUUAGUAAACCCACAGUUGCAUGUACAUGAAUGUAGUAUGUUGAAAUGAAAGCAUUCUAAUAUAGUGUACCGUCAUGUAGUAUACAUGUAUCUAGUCAAUUCAUUGUUUAACAUCAACCUAAUUGCAACAGAAAUCAUUAUGUAAAAUGUAAACUGUACUAUUCACAAAUAAUAUACAGUAAAACUCGUUUAGUAAGAACACUGAUAUAGCGAAUUCACGGAUAUAGCAAAUUUUUCUUGGAUCCCCAGCUAUAAAUUUAACGAAUUUCUUAUACGGAUAUAACGAAUUACAGAUAUAGCAUAAGCGAAGUAAUUUCACAGGUCCCAGUGACUUCGUUAUAACCGAGUUUUACUGUAUGAUGGAAAUUCUAACAAAAUCUAGAGUGGAAAGCUUUACUUUUUUAAAAUAAGAAUUACUGUAGAAAAAGGGGCAUAACUCUUCAUGACAGUGUUUUUAGCCCAUUUUUUAGUGCACUUUUUUAUCUUGAAGAGAAAGCAAGUGAAUAAAAAUCUAUUAGAUGGAAUUUUAAGAUGUAGUUAGAUGUUUUUAUACACAGCAAAAAAAUUUGGAUAGAUUUAAAGAGUUGUUCCCUUUUUCUUUUAAACCAAAUCAUACAAAAUAGCUUUCACGUCAUUAUAGGGUGUAUAAUUUUUAAGACUUUGUUCUUUAUUUCAAAAAUACUUGAG